AUGGGCCAAUGCCUCACCAAAACCUACGAAAUCCCCAUCACCACUUCCUCGUUCAAACCCCCUCCUCCGCCGCCGCCGCCGCCGCCGCCGCGAGCUCCGUCCCUCCCCAAGCCCGAUCCACUGCCGCCGCGGUCCACCACCACCACCAAGACCACCAAGACCACCUUCUCGAAAGCCCCGUCCUCGGCCCGAAUCGGUCCCGUGCUCGAAAAGCCCAUGGUGGACGUGACGACGCUGUACGUGCUGGAGAGGGAGCUCGGGCGGGGCCAGUUCGGGGUCACCUACCUCUGCACGGAGCGGUCGACGGGGCUCGAGUACGCGUGCAAGUCGGUGUCGAAGAAGAAGCUGGUGAGCCGGAGCGACGUGGAGGACAUGCGCCGGGAGGUGAUGAUCAUGCAGCAUUUGUCGGGGCAGCCGAACAUCGUGGAGUUCAAGGGCGCGUACGAGGACCCGCAGAGCGUGCACCUCGUCAUGGAGCUCUGCACCGGCGGCGAGCUCUUCGAUCGCAUCAUCGCCAAGGGGACCUACUCCGAGCGCCAGGCCGCCGCCGUCGGCAGGGACAUCGUCACCGUCGUCCACGUCUGCCACUUCAUGGGGGUCCUGCACCGCGACCUCAAGCCCGAGAACUUCUUGCUCGUCAGCAAGGACGACGACGCCCCGCUCAAGGCCAUCGACUUCGGCCUCUCCGUCUUCAUCGACGAAGGCAAACCUCUCCGUGAUGUCGUAGGAAGCGCUUAUUACGUUGCCCCGGAGGUGUUGAAGAAAAACUACGGGAAGGAGAUCGAUGUGUGGAGCGCCGGAGUUAUACUAUACAUUCUUCUUUGUGGCGUGCCUCCUUUCUGGGCCGAGACGGAGAAAGGUAUUUUUGAUGCCAUAUUACAAGGGAAUGUCGACUUAAGCAGUUCGCCGUGGCCUUCAAUAUCUGCUAGUGCAAAGGACCUGAUCAGAAAGAUGUUGACGCGCGACCCAAAGAAGCGGAUCACAGCUGCUCAAGCUCUUGAGCACCCAUGGCUCAGAGAAGAUGGCGUGGCAUCCGACAAACCUAUUGAUAGUGCAGUCCUUUUGAGAAUGAAGCAGUUCAGGGCGAUGAACAAGCUAAAGAAACUUGCCCUUAAGGUCAUAGCGGAGAAUCUUUCAGAGGAGGAGAUCAAGGGCUUGAAGCAGAUGUUUAACAAUAUGGAUACUGAUCGGAGCGGUACAAUCACCCUUGAAGAAUUGAAAGUUGGAUUGUCGAGGUUAGGAUCGAAGGUUUCUGAAGCAGAAGUUAAGCAACUUAUGGAGGCAGCUGAUGUAGACAAAAGCGGCACUAUCGACUACAUUGAAUUCAUCACUGCAAUGAUGCACCGGCAUAAACUGGAAAAGGAGGAGAACUUGCUGAAAGCAUUCCAAUAUUUUGAUAAGGAUGGAAGUGGGUAUAUCACAAGAGAAGAGCUGAGACAAGCAAUGACAGAAUACGGAAUGGGCGAUGAUGCUACUAUAAAUGAAGUACUCGACGAUGUAGAUACAGAUAAGGAUGGGAGGAUUAAUUACGAAGAAUUCGUGGAAAUGAUGAGAGGAAACCGUGCAUAAAAGUAAUGUUUCUCUUGCUUGGUGGUUGUGUGUAUAUUGCUCCAUAUAAUCUGCUUAAAUGAAUAAACAAGAGCACAGUGCUCAGUGUGCAACAUUUCUUCGCCGAUAACGCAUGUUGUGUAUAACUUAUCUAUUAGAAUACUUGGAUUUGAGUUAGCAAUAUUAUUAAAAAAAAUUCAAAAAUAUCUCCUCAAA